GUAGCGUUUGUAUGGUGCAGAGCCUGGGGUCUUUGUAGCACACAAGAGUGCUUGUAGUCCCUGUAGCUGAUGAGUGGGAUCUUCUGAAGGUGUCUGGGGAUCAAGAGGCAUGGCAGUAGUACAGUUUCAGACAGUGGCCCUGUGAGCUCCAUGUCCUAGGUCCAACAUGGAAGGAAUCAACAUUGCUCAGGAUAUCAUCCAGAGGCAGAUCAGGGAAAGGAAAGCUAGAAGCUUUCAGAGAUGUCAUCAUGUAACAGACCCUUUAAUUCGUCGUCUGGGACUGGAGGCAGAACUACAGGGUCAUACUGGUUGUGUCAACUGCCUGGAAUGGAACGAGAAGGGGGACCUGCUGGCCUCUGGCUCAGAUGACCAGCAUAUGAUGCUGUGGGAUCCAUUUCAUCAUAAGAAACUUCUGUCUAUGCAUACGGGGCACACUGCCAACAUCUUCUCUGUCAAGUUUCUCCCACACUCUGGGGAUCGCAUCUUGAUUACUGGAGCAGCAGAUGCCAAGGUUCAUGUUCAUGAUGUGAACUCGAAAGAAACCCUCCAUGUUUUUUCAGAACAUACCAACCGAGUGAAGCGUAUUGCCACUGCCCCUAUGUGGCCUAAUACCUUCUGGAGUGCAGCAGAGGAUGGCCUGAUUCGGCAAUAUGACUUACGAGAGAGCAGUACUAAUUCAGACGUCUUGAUUGAUUUGACGGAGUAUUGUGGGCAAUUAGUAGAAGCAAAAUGUGUAAGCAUCAGUCCUCAGGAUAAUAACUGCUUGGCCGUAGGAGCCAGUGGGCCCUUUGUGCGGCUCUAUGAUAUCCGGAUGAUUCACAGCCACAGGAAGAACCUGCAGCAGUCACAAUCUGGACUACAUACAUUUUGCUCAAGACAAAAGCCUAUCCCAGAUGGAGCAGCACAGUAUUAUGUAGCAGGCCACCUUCCAGUCAAACUACCAGAUUACAACAACCGGUUACGUGUUUUAGUGGCUACAUACGUAACUUUUAGUCCAGAUGGAACCGAGCUUCUAGUCAACAUGGGAGGGGAGCAGGUCUAUCUGUUUGAUUUAACAUUCAAGCAAAAACCUUGCACUUUUUUACUGCCUAAAUCCCACCAUAAUUCUGGAGAAGUUCAGAAUGGGAAAACCACAAGCAAUGGACUUAGCUUCUACAGUAAUGGUUUGCGCGUCAGCGAUGCCAAGACCGUGGUGGGGACAACAAAUGAGCUGCCACCACAUCUAGAAAAAGUGAAGCAAAAAGCCAAUGAUGCGUUUGCACGGCAACAGUGGAGCCAAGCAAUUGAGUUGUAUAGUCAAGCCAUGCAGAGGGCUCCUGAUAGUGCUAUGUUAUUUGGAAAUCGGGCAGCGGCAUAUAUGAAGCGCAAGUGGGAUGGAGAUCACUAUGAUGCUCUGAGAGACUGCCUUCAAGCAAUGGCACUAAACCCAGCUCAUCUUAAGGCUCACUUUCGACUAGCCCGCUGCUUAUUUGAGCUUCGCUAUGUCUCUGAAGCAAUGGAUUGUUUGGAGGAGUUCAAGGUCAAGUUCCCAGAACAGGCCCAAAGUAGUGCAUGUGAUGCACUUGACAGGGACAUCAGGGUUGCCUUAUUCUCCAAAAAUGACAACCAGGACGAUAAAAAAGGAGGCUCUGUCCGCCUCCGCUCAGGGGGCAGGAAGGAUUCACUCUCUGAGGAUGAACUGCUGCUUAGAGAACGAAGCCUAGAUUAUAAGCAUAGAUAUUGUGGCCAUUGUAAUACUACUACAGACAUAAAGGAAGCCAGCUUCAUGGGAAGCAAUGCUCAGUACAUAGUGAGUGGAUCAGAUGAUGGGUCAUUCUUCAUCUGGGAAAAGGAGACUUGUGCCCUUGUUAGGGUUUUGCAAGGAGAUGAGUCCAUAGUUAAUUGUCUACAGCCACACCCAAGUUACUGUUUCCUAGCAACGAGCGGCAUUGACCCUGUUGUGCGACUAUGGAGCCCACGUCCUGAGAGUGAAGGCACAGACAAGCGAGUGGUGCAGGAUAUGGAGAGUGCCUGUCAAGCUAACCAGCGGAGAAUGAAUGCUGACCCGCUGGAAGUAAUGCUUCUGAACAUGGGGUACAGAAUUACUGGACUGAGUGGAGGGGGCCCAGCGUCUGGUGGUGGGGGAUCAGACGAUGAGGAUUCUGCUGAAGGACAAGUGCAAUGUCGGCCCAGCUAACCCUGACAGAAGAAAGUGUGUAGGAUAUAGGGUGGAUACCCUUUAUUUAGAAAGGCUUGACCAUAUUUUAAUGGCCACUCAUCUUGCUUUCAAAGCAGUCUGUGCAGAGCAAUGUACCUCAUAAUGUCUAGGAUAAGGAACAUGGAGGCAUAGAACCCACUGCUUCCAUGUCACCACUGGAUCAAAUGUUUUGACCAAUGACCAGGCAUCUCCUCAUGCUCAAAAUCCAGAAUAAACCGGAUGCCGAAUAAUGCACACCUUAUUUUUUGGAGUUUCGAAUUUCAUGGGUGUGACCAUAAAAGAAUGGAUACUACUCAGAUGCAAUAGUACCAAUGUGUGAAACUUUAAGAAUUUCUGGAUGCCGACUAGUUUCUUGAUUGGUGAACUGACUUUGCGACAUGAAAAGUGACACUAGGAUUGCUUUAGGCAAUUGAAUAACAUGUGGAAAUAGCUAUGGCCCAGAUUAAGGUACCUCGCACAUAAUUUGUAGAAUAUGUGAGAAGUGAGGUGAUUUUCAUGAUGGCCUCUAAACAAAUAAGGGCGGUUGUGUGAAUAUGUGCUUUUGUGAUGCUAUUUAAGUGUUUUCUUUUUCAAAAUGUUAGAGUCUGGAAGGAUUAUCUGCAGAUGGCAUCUCCAAACUUAGCCAAUACGAAGGCCUUUUUCAUUGAUCUAGAAUAUGUAAAUCUAGUUGAUUUAAGUUUGAAGAGGGCCUGCUGUGACUGAUUAUUGAGCCCUAACUUAAUAAACAGGUUGGUGCAAACAGUACCACAUUCUCACACUGUUCGUUUAACCACAGGGAAAAGCUGUCCUAGACCUGUGAUUGACUCCUGUCAAUUUGUAUUUGAUGUACAUCUACAAAUAAAAACUUCUUUAUUUCUGAGCAGAUGUUACAGGUGU